AUGUCUUGUUUCUCAUUGUUAUGUUUGGCGCUGCUACUUUUAGGCUUCCAAAAUGAGAAUGAAUAUUGUUCCUACUGUAAAUCCACGAAUGGAUCAUGCUGCGGCAAGAAUUCUACAUUUUCCACUACGUGUCCAAUGAUCAAUAAUGACGGUUCCUCUCCAACCAAAAAUACCUCGGAUAACAGCGCCUCCACCAAUGGAAUAACGGGACAUGAAAGUCCCAAAAUUUUGAUAAUCGUAAUUUGCACAAUAGCCGGUGCAAUUUUAUUCUUGGGUUUUGGUGUAUGCUUUUAUACAUUAGGGAGGAGACAAAAGGACAAGGAUAUCCCAUUUUUCGCGUACUGCUGUUGCUGUUGCUUCAAGAACGAUAGUGAUGAUGAAGCAUCGAAUGAGAUGACCGGAAGAACACACCCAAAAGAUUACACCACGAGUCCAUUAUUGAACGGUGGAAUCGGUCGAAAUACUGGACAAGUGGAGAGAGAGGAUGCACCCCCAGGUAGAAUGAACGCUUCAAGAUCUCAGUCUCCGAGUUUUGAUAAUAUAGAUGUCCCCCAUACAAUUGAUUCGCCAAUGGCUUCCUCGAUAGACGUCUGUGAACAACAGCAAGAUCUCCCCAUUGGUUCGGUGGUGAUGAGGCAACCGGUAUUAGUGGUAGCUAUUUACCCUUACGCUUCUCAGAUGGUCGAUGAGAUCGAGUUGUUAGAAAACGAGAUAAUAGAGGUGAAACAGACUUUUGAUGAUGGCUGGGCUGUAGGUGUGAAUCAAAAUACUGGUAGGGAGGGUGCAUUUCCUCUUGUUUGUGUUGCCAGUCUCGAUCCGAUGCCGGUGAAUGAUAAUAACGUGUUUCUCAGCAGCAGUGGUGUAUAUGUGAGUGACUCAAUAGGUGGUAGUAAUGAUGGUAGGACUGGUAAUAGAGGUGGUAUAGGCACAUUUGUGGAUAGUGGUCCAUAUGAAAAUGAAAGUGGUGCGAGCAGCAGUGUCUUCAGCGGAAUAGAUGAAGCCAGUAGUAGUAACAGGGGUGUGAGUAGCAGCAUGUUCAGCGGAAGAAACGAAAGCAGCAGUAGCAAUAGAGGUGUAAUUUCGAGUUCUGGUUUCUCAUCGUCGAGCUUGGAGCACGAAGAAUCGUUACAACAACGCAUUCACGCUUCAAAUAUUGUUGAAGGUUUAAUGGAAAUGGAUUUUGAUAAUAAUAGAACAGAUACUAGUAAUGUCAUAACAGAUCCUAAUAAUAGCAUAGGUAAAGUGGGUACAAGUGGUCCAAGUGAUGGUGAUGUGGAUACCACUACCACUUCAAUAAGUGGUAGAGGGGAUAGACUUAAUGUAAUAUCCCCGACGUCCAGCAUAUCAUUUAAAAUGGGUAAUAGUGGAAGAAUAAGAUUUCUUGGAUCGCCAACACCAUCACAAAUAUCAUCGUUUGAGGGUACACUCUCGCAAGGAAGCAUUCGAAGUGGCAGAAUUAAUGCUGAAAAUGUGCCACGACGGAAUUCGAGCAUGAGGAGAACGGAAAAUCAAAGGGAAAUCGAUAGUAGUGGUGCGAAUGAAGAAAUAUCACAACGCAUGCCUAAAUUUAUAAAUACGAGCAGAAUUGGAGAAAGUUCGACGUCAAAUUUGGAGAGAGGGGAGAAUGUUGACAGCGAGAUAGUUCGGACAGAUGAUAAUAAAGUAAAUAUGCGGAUAGAUGUCGACGAUGAAAAAAACAUAUAUUCCAGUCUGCAGCAACAUGACGAAUAUCAACAUCAACAUGAUGAAGUUCAAGGGAUGUGA